UUAGAAAGAGUAGGCAACACUGGUCCACGUAGCAAGAACAAGAGUUUGCCACAAUCACAAUUUCACUCUUUAGUUUUUUGGGUUUUUAUUUAAACAAAAACAAAAUAGUAUACCAGCAACGACAACACAAAACCAGUUAUAAUACCCAACAGCUGAUCAAAUUUAAUGUCAAUUAAAAGGUCUGUGAGUCCAGUAAAGCACACGCCAUAAAUAAUUUCAGUUAUUCUCAGCACACGGCAUUCACUACAACUGAUGUCAGACCGACGUACAGUCACAUAAUACAUACCACAGCAUAUGUAUCAAACAGCUGUGCACACAAAAGAGCACACGUCGUAGAUCAUCAUCCACAUAAAUAACGUAACCGUAACAUCCACCGAUUGUGCGCACAAUGGAUUUAUCAGCUUCAUCAUCAGACAGUUCGAUAUUGCAAACGCCAGAUCAGAAGAGCAAAUCGUACAUUAGCGACAGUACAUUAUAUGAUAGUGCUUUGGAUCAUCAAUUAUCAACAACGGCCUACAAAUCCUGUAAUGAAAGCCUCAUCGCCGAUUUGAAUCAGAGCUCAGAACAUUCAAAAUUCGCACAAAAAAUGUCCAAUGCCGAAGAUUUUUCCAACGGCAAUGGCAAUGAAAUCGAAGCAUCUGCUCUUAAAUCCUAUAAUACGGAUGUGAUUAAUGCCAGCACGUUGUUGAUACAAUCCGAAAGCACCGAUACGAAUACCUCGCAGGAGGAAGUGGACCCCAAGUCUCAACUGGCCAACAAGACAAUAUUCAAGACCGAUAAUCCCAAUUUGUCAAUUAUAGAAAUAAAUGAGAAUUCCAUUCAAGUGGAAGAUCUGGAGAAAGAGGUUGUACUGAUCGAACGCCUGUCGAGUAAUGAUAAUGAUGAUGAGGCUGUCGAAAAAGUCAAGAACAUACUGAGAAAAUCCCCAAAUAAAGCAGUGGACAAUGUGGCUGAUAAGCGUCGACGCAAGGCAGAAUCUCUACUGCAGUCGAGCAAACAAAAGUUGGAUAUAUCCAUAGCCGAAGCAUCUGCAGCAGCCGAUGGCGGCAAUGAUAAGCGUCAGCAGAUUGCCGAGGCUGCACCAGUUAGCGAUCAGCCGCAAACCAAGCGCGAUAUUAUUAUCUACGAUACAUUGGAAGAAUUCGAUCAAAAUUUGCCCUCGACUGUUACGCUGUUGAAUACACCAUUUGGCAGCAAGGUAUAUCUUGUGGGCACAGCACACUUUAGCGAGGAAUCACAGGAUGACGUGUCCUUUGUCAUUCGCAAUGUCCGUCCAGAUGUGGUCAUGGUUGAGCUAUGUCCAUCACGUGUACACAUACUGAAGCUAGAUGAGAAGACACUGCUGGAGGAGGCAAAGAACAUCAACAUACCCAAGAUACGUGGCAUACUCCAGACACAUGGCUAUAUCAAUGGCAUCUUCUUCAUUCUGCUGCUACAGAUGAGUGCUCAAAUUGCCAAGGAUCUGGGCAUGGCGCCAGGUGGCGAAUUUCGACGCGCCUUCGAGGAGAUACACAAAUUACCGGGCUGCAUUCUACAUUUGGGCGAUCGACCCAUUCGCAUUACACUCUAUCGUGCUCUGCGCGCAUUAUCCUUAUGGCAGACCAUGAAGCUGGUCUGGCGUCUGACAUUCACGGAUAGCAUCAGCAUCGAGGAGGUGGAGGAAUGUAAGCAGCGUGAUUUGCUGGAGAAGCUAAUGCAAGAAAUGGCUGGCGAAUUUCCAGCCUUUUCGGAUGUCUUUGUGCGCGAACGUGAUCUAUAUUUGUGUCACUCACUGCAGUUGGCCGCUCUGCCGCAAGCUGCACCUGGAGCGCAUCAGGUGCGUCCCGUACGUGUUGUUGGCGUUGUGGGAAUUGGCCAUGCCAAUGGAAUUGCUAAAAUGUGGGGACAAGUCGAUCCAGAGAAGAUACCAGCCAUUCUCGAAAUACCACCAGCGAGCCUCAGUCAACGGGUCUGCAAGAACACUUUCAAGUACGGUCUAAUCGGUCUUGGUUUUUACGGCGUCUUUCGUAUUAUGAGACCACGUCUGACGCGAUUCUUUUAAGUCGAUUGUGGACCAUGUUUUCAAUGUUGUUGAUUUUAUUUUUGUUUUUAAGUACCACGCCCGCAUAAUUCAAUGGGUGUUGAUAUAUUAUAAGUAUUGUACGUACUUGAUGCUUUUGAUAGAACCUGUUUACACACAACACAAGUGUACAAAAAGAAAUAGAAACACAAAAAAAGAAAAAAAAAGACAUUCAAACAUAUUCCUGGUUUAAAAAACCCAAAACUCUACUAUUGCAAAGUACAGACAUACACUUGGAUUGGGACUUUGAAUAAGAUGAUAUUCAUAUGCAGUUCAAUUGUAAACGGACUUAAUUUAGAUUGUUGUCCCUGAAUAGUUGUAAAAACAUAAAUUUACACAGACACCCACAGAUAAUUAGUCAUGUGUUUUGACCAGUUAGUUAGGCGCCGUAUUGUAUGCACAUGGUUUCUCGACAGGCUUGAAAAUCUAGCUCAACAAAUACUUCAAUUGUUAAUUGUGUAUAGUAAAUAAUUUUAGCAUAACUCUAAAUGUGAAGGUGUCCGUGCAGCAGAUACAAUACUUUAUCUUUGAAUCGACUCUCAUGUAUGUAAUUGUUGUUCAUUCCGUAGUAACACUCUGAAAUUUAGAUAGUAUCGUUAAAAUUUAAGUGGGAACGUGAUGGACCUUCAACAGAAAGAAUGGCCGUGUGUUAAAUGUUACAUAUUAUAUUGAGGAAUUUUACAAUAACAAAAUAAAAACAAACAAAAACCCUACCUACAAAUACUUUAUCUUUAAAGAUAUCUACACUUUUUAAUUGUAAACGUAAAAUCUGUAUUGCAAAUACAUGCAAGUUGUCUUGACGCUGUGUAGUUUGUGCUAAUUUAGAACUGGAAUUAUGUAGCAUUUAAAAUAGUAUUCCACCCGAAACAAAACCUUUGUGUAUAAUUCAAUCAAAUAAAAGUUUACAUACCUAA